AUGGCGGAAAACGUUAGUACACCACCUCCUAUACUGACCCUCGAAAAUUAUGAAAAUUUUCGAAAAAAUGCAUAUAAAACGAUAGAAACUUAUGCCGGGAAGCAAAAAUCUACUCUUCCACCUGGGGAAGUCGCUUUUUGUCGGACUGUUGAUCCCGCGUCUGCUCUCGCGCUGGAAAGACUAUCUGCCAAAAUGAAAAAUAAGCUAAAUCGUUUGUUGGUAAAUGCUGAUAUACCUGGUACUGAAAUGCUCGGUAGAGUUAAUGAUGCAAAGGAUUUUGAUAUUUGGUUUAAAGAUUUGGUUACUAUGAAUGAUUCAUUGAUUGACGGUGUGAACGCAUCCUUGGAUGAAUUAACCGGUCGUAACCAAAAAUUCGCGAGUUCUACAGCAGACACACCAAAAUCAAUGGUAGCACAAUUUAGAGCAAGAUCGGGGGAUAUCAACGUUGUAUAUUCUCGUAAUAUUACUCGACCACAAGCAAAAUUCAAGGAUAAAAUUGACAACUCUGGUGUUCCUUUUAUCCCUAAACUUCCAAAUAAACCGAAUGCAAUUGUACCAUUAAAACUGGACGGUAUCGAAGAAGGUUCUGUAUAUCCCCAUCCGUACCGAUACGAAAUAACUCAUCUUACAUACCCUUCAUUCAUUUUUGGAGAGAAGGAGCCAAUACAAUAUCAGCCUCUUGAUACUACCCCACUCAUUUGGGUCGAUACAUUAGAAGGGCUAACUACUAUGUGUCAGAAAUUAGAAUCUUCUCAGGAGAUUGCUGUUGAUCUUGAGAUCAGUACGCGAGAUGAGGAUUUCAUUGUAGAUGCUUUGGAAUUGAGGCAUCAUUUGCAUAUGUUAAAUAAUUCCUUCACCAACCCAAAUAUCCUAAAGGUCUUUCAUGGUGCCGAUCACGAUAUUACUUGGUUACAAAAAGAUUUCGGUGUUUAUGUGGUCAACUUAUUUGACACUAAUCAGGCAUCUCACCUUCUGGAAAUGCGUUUUCAUUCUCUGGCAUAUUUGUUAAAACAUUAUUGUCAUGUGGACGCUGACAAGAAAUUUCAGUUGGCAGAUUGGAGGUUAAGGAUGCGUAAUGAAUUGAUUCAAAAUUCUGUCACUAUGACUUACAAUUUAUUAAAAGUUACGCUUGAUCGUUCUGCUCAGAUUUCACUUCAAUGCUAUGAGACUUUUCGUUAUGAUCCUAAUGGUGAAGACCCGAAUGGUUAUCAGAAGUUAUUAGCCAAAUGGAAUUUUCCAUUAAAUAGACAACAGCUUGCAGUGUUUAAAGCUCUUCAUGCAUGGAGAGAUAAUAAGGCCAGGGAAGAAGACGAGAGUUUAGCUUAUGUGCUCCCAAAUGAUACACUUUUUACCCUUUCCGAAAAAAUGCCAGAAGAUUCCAAAGAUAUAACUUCCUUAUGUAGAAAUAUAGUUCCUCCGCUCGUUCGAGAAAAUACUCUAGAGCUGGUUAGCUUGAUUACUGAUGCCAAAAAUAGCGUCUUAAAUUCAACGAGUAUCUUUGACAACCAACUUGUGAAAACUGAACGUGAGAUAAGAACUGUGGCAUCAAAUAGUGAGCCCAUUCUCAAUUCUAAAAAUGUAAAAUGGGUUUUGGAUACAUCUCAUCCUAAAUACAAAGCUGAUGACUAUAUAGAGAAAAAGUCGGUUUUAUUUGGUGAUUUUUGUAUUGAGAAUGGAGUAAACGAAACAACAAAAAAGAAGGUUUCAGAAAUUCUCUCAAAUCUUACAUUUGCACUUCCUAUACUUCCUAAAUCCAUUUCAUACCACUCAAAUCGAACCGGUCCACAACCUAAACCAGUGGAUGAAAAUUCUCAGCCAAUUACAUUACCUGUGGAACACGUCUAUGUUCCACCUGAAGCAAGAAGUACGAAAUCAAAAGGAAAAGAACGGGAGGUAGUUAUUAUAUCGCAAUCAAUAUCAAAAAAACGCCAGAGGCUGGAGGACGAUGAUCCUAUUGAAGAUGAAAAAAGGCUAAGACGAUACGAUCCAUAUUCGUCAACUGCAACAUCUUCAGGAAAUCGAAGUGCAACUACUUCAGGUCGUGAAUUGUAUGAAGUUACCCCAGUAUCGCAAAGUACUCAAAUUUCUUGA